AUGUUGGAGAAAAAGUUUACUAAUGCGAGAUUAGGAUUUGAGUUGACUUCAUAUAUUGAUGAUAAACAAAAUAUUUGGUUUUUAGGAAAAGAUGUUGCUAAGGUCUUAGGUUAUAGUGAUACUGAUAAAGCUAUUAGGAGACAUGUUGAUGAGGAGGAUAAAUAUAAAGGUCCCGCCAAAACGGCGGGGGGUUUGCAACAAUCAUUUUAUAUAAAUGAAUCAGGUUUUUACUCCCUUGUAUUGACCUCAAAAUUAGAAACCGCUAAAAAGUUCAAACAUUGGGUAACAUCACAAGUCCUCCCAUCUAUAAGAAAAUUUGGUUACUACAAACUUUUCGACAAUCCAAAUAACAAAAUGUUUAAGAUUGAAAAUGAGAUGGACCUCCACUGUAAAGUUGUUUACCUAACUAGAAUUUAUUAUCCAAAUGCUAUUAUGGUAGCAGGACUUGGGGAAAACCAAGAUACACCAUACAAAAGAAUUAAUAGUUGGAAAAAGGGAUAUCUGAGAGGUCAACCAGACCUUAUGAUACUUAAUUAUUAUAAAGAUUAUAAUGGUUUAUGUAUUGAGUUUAAAUCUCCAACUAAUAUUUAUCAAAUUUCAGAUGCACAAAGAGAAAUGAAAGAAAGAUAUAAGGAAAAUUGUUACAAACUCUUGUUUGUUAAAGGAGUCUCCUCGCAAAGCUGA